AUGUCUCACCUGCGCGCCAGGAGCACCACCGAUGUCUCCGAGGACAUGUCCCUCGGGGGGACCACAGGCGACAACACGCGCCUGCUCGGGAAGGCUCCAGUGGAGGAGGAGGAGGAGGAGGAGGAGGAGGAGGAGGAGGAGGAGGAGGAGGAGGAGGAGGAGGAGGGGGAGGAGGAGAUGCAGGCGGAGGGCGUGCGGGAGGUGGCCGUGGCAACUGGCCUAGAGGUGCUGUACCAGGAGACCCCCAACUACCGCGGAGCGGCGGCCGAGGCUGACCGCAUGAUCGAGCCUAGGGAGACCGCUAGGCAUGCCUGGCGAGUGCCAGACUUGAGUGUAGAGCCUGUUGCUAGUGCUCCAGAGGAGGCGGUGACGGAGGGGGGUUAG